UGUGCAGGAGACACAGACAUAUUUCAUAUUCACUUAAAUGAGUAGCAGCACGUGUAGUGUCAAUGCAGCAAAACUGACCCUGUGUUUUUAAAUUUCUCCAAUUUAAGGUCAAACAGAGAAUGGAUUCAGUGGAGAUGGGUGACGGCAUAUAUGGCAACUUCGAAGAGGAAAGAAAUGGCAACAUGGCUUCUCAGAUAAGAAACAAGCUGCCAUCCAAUUGUGGGACUGUGUGUCUUGGCGUAAUUGUUGCUCUCCUGUUGGCUGGUAACAUAGGAUAUCUCAUCUACCACGCCAGCAGUCCCAUGACAGCAGGCCAAAUUCAGGACAACCACCAAAGAGACCAACUGCAGAGAAGUGAUGAGGCCAAACUGAAUGACAUGUCAUAUGACUUGCAGCACUUAGUCAAACAGGUCAGGAAGAUAGUGAAGAUGAUGGUGAGAGUGAGAGACCUUCAAUGUGAGACAGGCUGGAAGAAUUUCAGUGGCUCCUGUUACUACAUUUCAACUGAGAAGAAAUCCUGGACUUCAAGCAGGGAAGACUGUAUCGCUAAGGGAGCUGAUCUGGUCAUCAUAGACAGUCAGGAGGAGAAGGAUUUUCUCAGUGGGCUGGCAAGUUCAGGAGCAAACAUCUGGAUUGGUCUGACUGACAAUGUUCAAGAGGGGACUUGGAUGUGGGUGGAUGGGAGCCGUGUGACCACUACGUACUGGGGGGACGGUCAGCCCAACAGUGAAGGGAACCAGGACUGUGGAGAAAUGGUGAAGAAGGGAGAGUGGAACGAUGACAUCUGUUAUGCUAAAAACAUCUGGAUCUGUGAAAAAUGAGACCUCUGUAAUUUAAAGUCAAUGAUUUUGUGCAUGUACUGUUCAGCCUGAUGAUAUUGUGCAUUGUUCAUUGUAAUCAUUUUGAAAACUGAUACUGAUACUUACCCAAGUGACAAUUGAUUAUUCACUCACAUUUGUAAACAGUCUCCAAAGAACAUAUGAGUUACUUCUGUUUCAGUGCUGUGCUGUUGCAAGGAGUCUGUGAGGCUUUUUUUUGAAACCAUAGAUUUUAAUCUGAAGAGGAAACUCUGGACCAACAGCCGAGUGCCACCAGAGAAGAAAACAAUAGGACCAGCCUUUUUCUUAAAUACCCUUAAAGCAACUAUAAGCACACCACAUGUUUUUAUUGUUCAUACCUGGCUUCUGUGGUAUCUCAUGUAGAUGUUUAGAGGCUUUGGAGAUGUUGUGUAGCUUUGUACUGUAAAUCAAAUGUGCUUCAUUCAUCUUUAUGUCUGCUACAUUAUCCUUAUGUUAACUGCUGACUAUAAAAAAGACCCAAACCAGAUUACCCUGCAUAGACAGACACUGGUUUACUUUCAGGUAACGGGUCUAUCUGAAAGAUGCAUACAGCACCAACUCCAUAUCAGUCUGCAACUGAACAUAGUUCACUUUAUUUUUUUAUUGUGCUAAUUCAUAAUAAAUAUUAUUUCUUUACAAAA